AUGACACCUACUCUCAUCGCAGCUCUGCUGCUCGUCCUAGCGAUCCUCAUCACGCGCUUUCUUAAACCAAACUCCCUCCGCUCAGUGGCCAAAUUCAAAUCCUCGCAAAAACCUAGUGAAAUUAUCUCCCUCCGAGUGUACCCGAUAAAAUCAUGUCGCGGGUUCGAAAUAAAAGUAGCAAAGCAAUGCAUGACCGGCCUUGACCUCGAUCGUCGCUGGAUGCUCGUUGAUGAAAAAACCCACGUCUUUCUUACGAUCCGCCAGAUCCCCGAAAUGACGCUCAUUAACACAGGGCUGAGUGAGAAUGGGGAGUCACUCGUUCUCUCGGUCAAGCCUGCCUCAUCUGAGAAGAGCGAGACAAUUUCCAUCCCUGCCCAUCCCUCCCAGACCUGGCUCGCAGAACACACAACCCUCGCAACGGACAUCAAGAUCUGGGACACGACUACGGACGGAUAUGUCUACGGGGAAUCUGUCGGCAUUAAUCAGCUAUUUUCAAAGUUUCUUAACCGCCCCGUCGUCCUUGUGUACAAGGGUCCCACGCCGCGGGUUCUGAAGGGUAACGGGGACCCGAGGCUGCUAGGCCGGGUGCAGAAUACGAAUUUCCCCGAUGUUCUGCCCGUGCUCGUUGCGUCGCAGGCGUCGAUUGAUGAACUGAAUGAGCGGCUAAAGGCGCAGGGCCACGAGGAGAUCACGAUUGAGCGGUUCAGACCGAAUAUCAUUAUCCGUGGGCAUAAGGGAGAUGCGUGGGUUGAGGACUCGUGGAAGACGGUGCGGAUCGGGAACAGUCGUACUGCUCAUGCUGGUCCUGGGGUUGAGAAGAGUGCGGCUGGUGCUGGACUGGAAGAGGAGGACGGCCUGACAUAUGACAUUGUGGCAAGGUGCGGUAGAUGUCAGGUCCCGAAUGUUGAUCCCGAGACGGCGCAGAAACAUAAGACGCAGCCGUGGGAUACGAUGAUGAGUUACAGGAGGGUUGACGAGGGGUUGAAGUAUAAGCCUUGCUUUGGGAUGUUGGGUGUACCUCGGUCGGAGGGGGAGAUUAGAGUUGGCAUGAAGUUUGAGGUGUUGGAGGAGACGAGCGAGCAUUUUUAUAUUAAAGGUUUCUAA